GCUAAUAAGCGUCACCACUGCUGCUACUGUAUAUACCGCAUUGGUUGGAUCCUAAAUAUAACAUGGCUUGAUACGAGGCCUUGAAGAUCGAGUUAGGGAACUUGGUGAACUGGAUCUGGUACAAGACCCGAGGGAAUCGACGCCGAAUAAUGGCCACCGCAAUGCCGUAAAAGAAAUCGAAGGUGACUGGCGAGCCGUACUGAACAUAAACACCUCUUGGGAGAAGCUUUUGCACCUCCGAGUCUUCUUGAUCUUCCUCCUGAGUGCUCUGAUCACUACAUCCAUAGUCACGUCGCUUACGCCUACCAUGACUACGAAAAGAAUUCCGUACCGCGCUGUCACACCUGACACUAGCUUUGGCAUGUACUCUGACGCAUUUGAUCGGCCGUGCCUUGGUAUGUGCGAGGCACCUUGUAACAUGAGUCUUCGCUCUGCUUAUGGCUGGCCGCUCAGUAAUGGCAGUCAGUUCUAUGCUAGCCAGUUUUACGCUGCUGGCAAUAAAAAAUGUCCGGAAUCGUUCAUGAUGCAACUUGCACCCGGGAUCAGCACCGCAAAUGUUACCGACCAUGUUUAUGCAUAUUCGGGAAUUGCCGUGGAUCGGACUGCGAUCGGGGCUCCGACCACGAUCUUCUCGGGGGAAGUCUUCCAGAGUCUUUCAUCACACUAUGGGGGCACGUUGGUCAGCACAACUCAAUGCGUGCCUGUCAUGGUAUCUAACCCCGUGAGCCCUUCAUUGGUCGGCGAAGAACAUGUAGGCAAGAUGCUGCUUGGGUUUGGCGCGGUGAAUGGGCCGGUUAAUCAAGUACCGUAUGCAUCUUACCUAGCUGGUACGAUCAGUAACCGGUAUGAGCCAGAAUAUCGUGCAGGUGGCUCUAAAUAUGCGGUAACAUGCGUCGUCAACCCGCGAAAUGUGUUUGAAUAUCGCUUGGUGACGUUGGAUUUGCGAGCUUUGGGAAAGGGAUCAAAUUUGGCUCAGUAUCUCACGGGGGGCGAAACUUGCACGCCUACCGAACCAACAAUCAGCAACAAACUAUUCGCGAUGGCCGGGAUUGCGAGUAAAGAUUUAGUUCAGGAGCAUCAAGGGGUAGACGGCUAUGUCGAGACGCUUGUGGAAUUUUCUGGGCAGUAUAGAAAGCCACCGUACGCAUUUCAAGAUAGUAGGAAUGCUCUGGAGGAUGUUUUGGGCCUUGUAUCGGCUCUGGCAGUCUCAAAGAUGGUAGUUAUAGGGUAUAUUGUUCUAGCCUCGGCAUUGAAUGAUCGUGGAGGCGAUUCGUCCGCGCUUAUUAAAGUAACAAGACUUGGUACUGAUAGUAGCGAGGCGCUCUGGUUGCUCAUUCCACCCGCCGGUAGCCUUAUAAUUAUUUGCGUCUUGUCAUUUCUGAGUUUCCGACGCAACUGGGCGCCAGUGGGAAGAGGAUUCGAAGGUAUAUCAAGGCAAAGACCAAAUCGCUACGCGGCUGAAAGUCUUUACCAAAUCAUAUCCCUAGGCAUUUCUACUAAGAGGAUUUCUCAAGAAGAUUAGAUCUGAGGUUUUAUAAGACGGAUACGCGUUUUACGCGAUACCAUAAAAACAUUUAAGAGCGUUCCCAUUCAGGGGCUUUUGUGUAAUGAAAUUAAAAG